AUGUGUUGUUCAAGAGAUAGAGUAGGUUUUGGUCGUAAUGUUGUCUUUUUUCGUAAACUUAAAAUACUAUUUUGAUCUGUUGGCUAGUCGCAGUAGUAAUUUACUAGUUCGAGUAGUAAGUUUAAAAGGUGAAGGCCAACAAGCUUUAUAUUGAUGACAUUUUUCAGCGUCGAAUCAAAAAUGAUAAAAUCAAGAGUCGAGUUGUGGACUCUCAAGGUGAUGUAGACAGUAAUAUCGUCGUAUCUUCGCCUUUUGUAACCAAAAGUAAUACUUCUGAUAGCAAAUCAGAGACUAAAUCAAUCGAUAAAGUGACAACAGGCAUGGAACAAUCGCCCACAGCAAAAUCUUCAGUCAGUAAUGCUAGUACCGCCAAAGGUAAUUUCACUUUUAUCCAAUUUUUGACUUUGAAUCGGUCUUUUAACGUUUUAACUUUAUUGUGUUACAUUUUUAAUCGGAUUCAUAUUAUAGGGCUCAAUGAUAAUGUCUCAGUUCUCAAGUUUAGCAAAGACGAAAAAGAAAUGGCAAUACAAGUAAGUUGUCCAAGUUUAUAUUGCUAAUCAAUUGAUAAGGCAAUUCAUCAAUUGAAACCUGCUUUAUAAUGAACUAUCUAAUAGUUUAUGUUUAUUUUUUAUUUAUCAAAUUUUACCAGACACUAACAUUUUUAAAACAGUAAUUUUUGUGACAUUUUGUAUUUUUAUUUGACUUUUUUAGCUGGUCCAAAAAAUGAUGGAUAUUAGCAAAAUGGACAACAAAGAACUGAACCUGAAAUGUUCGACAGAUGCAUCUACAAUCACUCUCGAGAUACGAUCAUGA